CCGGGAACCCAGCCUCCUGUCUGAGGCGCUGAGCCCGAUGAUGGGGGAACGGCAGAGCCACGUCAACAGCCUCUUCCUCAACGAGGGGUCCUCCAAGCGCCUUGGGAUGGGCAGCCGGGGACAGCGCUUCCAUCAUGCCUGGGAGAAGCGAGCCGCCGGAGCCCGAAAGCAGAUGUACGCCAUCACCAGGGAGAGCGUCAAGAUCUUCUUCCAGAGACACGCGUUCGUCCUGCUGACCGUCUCAUCCGUUCUGUUGGGGAUCACGCUGGCCAUGGCCCUCCGGCCCUACAGAAUGACCUUCCGCCAGAUCAAGUACUUCUCCUUCCCAGGAGAGCUGCUCAUGCGGAUGCUCCAGAUGUUGGUGCUUCCGCUCAUCGUCUCCAGCCUCAUCACAGGGAUGGCUUCGCUGGAUGGCCGGGCCUCUGGGAAGAUGGGCAUGCGAGCCGUCGUCUAUUACAUGCUGACCACCAUCAUCGCCGUCUUCAUUGGGAUCUUUAUGGUCCUCAUCAUCCACCCCGGGAAAGGCGGCAAAGGCCGAGGCCAGCAGGAGGGAAAGGUGGAGCAAGUCCACACCACGGAUGCCUUCCUGGAUCUCAUCCGGAACAUGUUCCCGCCCAACCUUGUGGAGGCAUGCUUCAGGCAGUAUAAAACCCAGUACAGCGUCAGAGUCGUCAACCGGACCCUCGUGGGCCCCGGCAGCACGGUUGCGCCGCUCCCGCCCAACAACGGCAGCAGCUCCUCGCCUCUCCCCCUUCCCGAGAAUGGCACGGGCGUCUGGCACAAUGUCACCCAAGCCCUGGGCAGCCUGCCGGAGUUGCUGAGCUUCGAGGAGGUGGUGCCGGUCCCCGGCUCGGUCAACGGGGUCAACGCGCUGGGCCUGGUGGUCUUCUCCAUCUGCUUCGGCCUGGUGAUCGGCAGCAUGAAGCAGAAGGGCCACGCCCUGCGGGAGUUCUUCGACGGCCUCAACGAAGCCAUCUUGCGCAUGGUGGCCGUCAUCAUCUGGUGA